AUGGAAAUAUGUUUUUAAAUUUUGUAUCUGUUUCAAUUUGUCGCCGAUGAAUUGUCACUUUUUCGGUUUCCCGUGUAAAGUUUAUUGCCGUGUUUUUAUUAGAAAUUAGCUGGAUUUAUUUACAUAAAGCAAAAUGUCUAUUUUAGCUUACAAUGGAGGUGCGGUAGUCGCAAUGAAGGGGAAGGACUGCGUGGCAAUCGCGACAGACAAACGCUUCGGUAUUCAGGCUCAGACUGUUUCCACCAACUUCCCCAAGGUGUAUCAAAUGGGCCCUGCACUGUAUGUCGGCCUUCCCGGCUUAGCUACUGAUACACAGACAGUGUUCCAGAGACUAAAAUUCAGAAUGAACCUUUACGAGCUGAAAGAGAACAGAAUGAUGAGACCCAAGACGUUCUCAGCAAUGCUCUCCAACCUGUUGUAUGAGAGGCGCUUUGGACCCUACUUCAUUGAGCCCGUCAUCGCUGGACUGGAUCCCUACGAUAACCAGCCCUAUGUGUGCAAUAUGGAUCUGAUUGGCUGCCCCAAUGAGCCUGAGGACUUCGUAGUGUCAGGCACAUGCUCAGAACAGCUGUAUGGUAUGUGUGAAGCUCUGUGGGAACCCAACCUAUCUCCAGAUGAACUGUUCGAAACUAUCUCACAGGCGCUAGUGAACGCAGCUGACCGCGACGCGAUCUCCGGUUGGGGCGCCGUCGUGUACAUCAUCGAGAAGGACAAGAUCACUGAGAAACACGUCAAGACGAGGAUGGACUAGUUUGUUGUAAGAUAUGUCGCGGUCGGAGCUUUUACUAAUAAAAUUAUCAUAAAAGUUUA